AGAGGAGGUCAAUGAGAGAAAUUCCAGCACCAGCAAAAACUCAACUUCACGACUCGAAGCAUCUACUCGCUCCAACGUCAGCUUUCAAUGUGUAUUUGUAUCCGAAACGGGCAACAGUAUGCGGUGGCAGCUCUCAAUUUUGCUGCUGGCUGCUGGCUUGUCGGUAGGCGCUGCUUACCGUCUGCGUCGUCAGGUAAUUGCACCGACCUGGCUAAGGGAUCCUUUUGUUCUGCCCGCCUUGAAUGCCUCCAAGGUGGUAGUAACGCCGCAAAAUCUGCGGGAAACGGCUGCCAUACGCACAACAAUACAAAAGGCCGUCGCAGAGGACACCUAUGUGGUAGCUGCCAGUCCACCGCCGGAGCUUCAGACGCCAGUAGGCAGCAUAUGGCCAAUGCCAGUGCCAUUUGCACCAACACCGUUGUCCCAGCCAUGGAAUCUAGCGCUGCCAAAUUGGGGCAUAUUUAGCCUCUGGCCCACAAUGGGCUAG